CGCGCAUUCAUAGAAUAAAAAGGUCUGCCCAGUUUUUUUUUUUUUGUGUGUCUGUAACCUUCUAUUACCAUCAUGGCGCAAACCGAUGAUCGCAUACCCUACUUUAUUUCGUUGUGUGAAAAAUUGUAUAAUCCGAAAUCGUCGGAAGAACGUGAGGAAACCCAAAUCUUGCUUGAAUGCGCGUUUCCUACGUUUGCCGAUGAACCCGGUGGUGGCAUGGCCAAGAACCAUCCAUUGCUAGCAUCUCGUAUGGAGGCCCUACCGAGUUUUGGAAUCACCACGCCAACCGGUACCGCUUCGUCGCUUCGUAUAUUGUUGGAAAACUCGGCCAGUCCUUAUGUUCAAACAUUCUGCCUUUCUCGACUCAAGCAGCUGGUACAAGCUCAAUUCCCUGUGUUUAGCGACGAUGCCAAAAUUCAGCUGCGCGCUUUCUUGCUCGAUUAUGCUUUUCGACAUCCCGAUCUGGUUCCUUUUGUCGUGAAUCAAUUGGCCAGUCUUCUUGCCUUGGUGACCCUAUUAGGCUGGCAAGAAUUCGAUUCAUAUCGCCAUAUUCAUGAGGAUAUUGUGCAAUUUAAUCAAGCAUCGAUGGAUCAUCGUAUCAUCGGUAUGCAGAUUCUAGCCAUCCUUGUGCAAGAUAUCAAUCCACCGAGCUUCGCAAGAAAUCUAGCCAAGUUUCGAAAGUCGGCCGGAAGGUUCCGAGACACCCAGUUACUGGAAAUAUGCCAAAUGGCAUUAGACACUUUUAAGGAGAUAUUGGGUCAGACAGUGACCUACGCAAAUCCUGGUCAGCAAGAUCGCUUAAAGGACGCGACACUGAGUGUGCUGGUCAAAUGCUUUUCGUACGAUUUUAAUGGCACCAGUUCCGAUGACGCCGGUGAAGAUGUAGGCACCGUCCAGGUCCCUGCCACUUGGCGCCCUAUGUUCAUCAAAGAAGACUUUGUCAGCACUUUCUUCACUGCUUACCGCACAUUUCUGCCACCCUUUUCUUCCAAAGUGAUGGAAUGUAUUGUCAUGAUUGCAUCGGUGCGCAAGUCAUUAUUUACGACUCACAAUGAACGGUCAGCGUUUGUACUUGCUCUCAUGGACGGUGCAAGGGAGAUCAUGCUUACUUCGCAGGGAAUGAAUGAUGCGGAUAAUUACAAUGGAUUCUGCCGUUUUCUGUACCGCUUCCGAUCCACCGCUCCAUUAAACGAAUUGGCAGAAAAGGCAGGGUAUCUUGAUUGGAUCCAGUUGGUGGCCAAUUUCUCGCUGCAGGCGUUUCAGUCAUGGAAGUGGGCACCCAAUACUGCCAUGUACAUUCUCGGAUUCUGGUCGCGUAUUGUGCAAAGCAUGACCUAUUAUCAUCAGUUGGGCGAAGGCACCGUGCAAAAACUAGAGAGUAUCACCGUUGAACUGACGCAGGCGUAUAUUUCAACGGUAAUGGAGUCGGUUCCCGUGAUUAUUGAUGAAGGAUUGGAAGACCCAUUGGAAAAUGAGGAUUCUCUUAUGGAAACAUUGAAUAUGCUUGGACAAAUUGCACGAUGCAAAUACGAACAAUCGAGUACUGCACUGCUGGCGAUAUUUGAUCCCAUUGCUUCCCAGUAUGAGGGUCUCAUUGCUGGUGCUGCAUCAGGCAUGACAGCCGGAAACGAUUUCAAAGAGGCGCUAGAAAUGAUUGAAACCAAGUUUGCUUGGCUUGUGUACAUGAUUGCCGCAUGCAUAGGCAAUCGAUCGUCCUUCCUCAGCUCCGAUACCUUGGAUACUGUGGACAGCCAACUUACUACCAAGGUGCUGCAACUGAUGAAUGUCCAACAAGCGUUACAGACUCAGCAUGGCAAUACCUUUAUGAACGAAAAGCUGGAUCUGGCCUUUAUUGCCUUUUUCAAUCAGUUCAAAAAAUCAUACAUGGGUGACAGUAUGAGUGGAAAAGAGAUCUAUACCAAAAUUAACGAAGUCUUUGGCAUCAACGACCAUGUUCAAAUGCUUAGCAUGAUCAUGCGCAAAAUUGUGGGCAAUUUGCAGCAUUGGGGUGAUAAUGAGCAAGUGGUUCGUCGUACGCUUGAAUUAUUUCAGGAGCUGGCCAACGGAUACAGUCCUUCCAAGAAUUUGCGAAAACUUCAAGUCACGCAAAUGUUGCUUGAAAACCACAUGUCGGGCCAGUUCACCUUCUUUGACCAUCCUAAACAGCAGCAGAACAAAAAGCUGUACUACCAUGUCCUCUGCAAGCUGCUAUUUGCGAACGACAACGUGGGACGACGUGAAUUGCAAGCCUUUAUGAAACCCUUUGAUAUGCGAUUGCAAAGCCUUGGUCCACUCGACACAUUGGAAGCGUUUCAACAGGAGUCGGUCCGCCGUACGCUGCAGGACAUUUUUACCGAUCUGUGUGGUUUCAUUACCCCUAUUCAAAGCCGCCGAGAAUUCACCGUUUUUUUCGAUUGGUUCUAUCCGGACUACAUGCCCGUUCUUUUACGUGCUCUCGAAGCGUGGGCCCCCGAUCCCAUUGUCACGUCACUGUUGUUCUUUUACGCCGAAUUCGUCCACAAUAAAUGCCAACGACUCAACUUUGAAAUUUCCUCGCCCAACGGCAUUUUAAUGUUCCGCAACGCAAGCCAAAUUAUAUGCAACUACGGUCGAAAGAUCAUUGAACAACCUGUGACCGAUCCCAAUCGUAAAUAUGAUUACAAAUACAAGGGCAUGGGACUGUGUUUCAGUAUCUUAUCUCGAUGCCUCGGAGGACGAUACAUCAACUUUGGCGUGUUCUGGCUUUAUCAGGAUAAAUGCAUCGAUAAUGUGUUUAAUAUGAUGAUGCAGAUGCUCCUUGAUAUUCCUAUGAGUGACCUAAUGGCUUUCCCAAAGUUGUCACGGGCAUUUUGUUAUCUGAUUGAUGAAUUAUCUCGGGAGCAGCUGAUGGCUUUGCCGACGAUUUCACCCGAAGCUUUCAUCUAUCUUAUGCAAGCCUGUGAACAAUGUAUUGAAUCGUCGGACAGUACGGUCCGAUCGCACGCCUGUGCUGCUGUUUACAAUAUUGCCAGUUUCUUGGAGAACCCGCAGCUAAAUCCGGUGAUUGAAGAACAACGACGAUCCUCGUUUGAUGCAACUACGGGCAGUGGUCAUUGGUUGCUCAACUACUUCACGCAGUAUCCGCAAAUAUUGCCCACCCUGCUCGCCACGAUUUUUAAUCUCGUCCUGUUUGAUGAUAACAAUGAACAAUGGGCUCUCUCACGUCCCUUGUACGCACUGAUGGUGAUACAACGAGAGUAUACGAUGAAAUACAUUAACGCGGUGAUUGAGCAGCAGUUGCCUGAGCGACGUGAGCUAGUAACAACAGCACUGAAUACAUUGAUGGAAGGCAUCAACUGGACGUUGCAUGUCAAAGAUCGAGAACGGUUUACGCAGAACAUCUCCAAUUUCCGAAGGGAGUUGAAUGCCAGCAAUGUCGUUCUGGUGCCCUUGGUCACUCCCCCUUAAUACGGAAGAAAACAAAAAAAAAGUGUCACUCCAACCAUCUUCAUUUCCCACUCCCAUCCACUAACUCUCAUUUUAUAAAAUUGGAUUGCAAAUUGAGUCAAUCCCUGCUUCAAGAAAUACACUUCAUUUUAUCAUUC